AGACACAAACAGUCUUCUGUUGAGCGUCGUGGCGUGAACUUCCCCUGAAGUGUGGAUAACAGUGGUAACUAAAAAUGAUUUUUUAUGCAAGCAAAUCUAGCGUUCUGCUCCUUUGUUUCAUCAUAAUCGCACCAUACAACGUCGAAUGUACAACAUAUGAAUGCGAAGUAGUCGAAAAAUAUGAUAAUCAGGGACAAACGUUCUGCGUAUUUCGCGAUGUUCAAUACACGGCCAACACUACAGACAUUGUAUUCAAAACUCCAAAGGUAGUGCCGGCACGUGUCGUAUUCGAAAAUUCGCAGAUAGAGCAUCUACCGAAAGAAUUUCUGAAUAAGUUUGGAGCGGAUCUCAAGGUACUGAAUGUGACCAGUUGUAACCUCACGACCGUUGUGGUGACGAAAUCGAUGGAGCAAUUGAUUGCUACCGAUAACUACAUAGAUAAAAUAAUAGUUCAUCAAACUGCACAAAACUCGCCGAUGAAGGAGCUACAUUUGCCGUCGAAUCGGUUAGCAGAUAUAUCCAACAUUACCAGACAUUGUAAACACCUUAGAAUUCUAGAUUUGAGCAGAAAUCAGAUGCUAGCUAAAAAUAGCGAAUUAGACUUUUCGGUGUUUAAUGGGUUGGACCAGCUGGAGUACCUGUCGUUAGCAGAUGUUGGAGCGUUCUACAUCCUGUCGGACAAAAAAGUGUCGCUGCCAUCUUUAACAUUGCUGGAUUUAUCAGUGAACAACUUGAUAUCCGUGGAUCUCCACGUUGACUAUUUCCAAUCAUUCAAAAAUCUAGAAGUUCUGCGAUUGAACAGCAAUGGGUUCAAUCAACUCGAUUAUAAUGAUCUGACGGGACUCGAAUCUCUCAAGCAGGUGUAUCUGGAAGGUAACGAAUUUUCCUGCAGCUAUUUGAAAACCAUGAUUAAGCAUUUGAAUGACAAUGGGAAGCAAACGCCAGUUGCACGCCCAGCUGCCCAAUGUCCAGUGGGAUACAACAUCGAGCACCAGAUGUGUUGUAGAUCUGAAAGUCUGACAUCAUUGCCGGAUAGAACUAAACCAUCGAAACCACCGACUUCUGAUCAUAACGAACAUGUGACAGUUACCCAACCGUCAGCUGUUACUGCCGGUUCCAUCACAACCAAAAAAACACAACCAGUUGAUGCGCUUGAUAAGAAUUCCGCCACGUGUUUUGUGCUGAAUUUGAGGUUUGCUAUGUGGAGUUUGGUGAUUGGCCUUUUCUGGUCGAAGAAAUAGACUAUGCGGUAAACCGUAAUAACCAAAAAAUUAUCAAUGUGAAACCAAUAAUAAGAGCUUAGAAAUUUACCGCGAUGCUUCCGCUAAUUAUGUUGCUUUGUUGCGUAUUUCCAUGUCUUCAAUAUUUAGCAUUUCGAUGUUUAUAUGCAUAUUAUUUCCUGACUGCAGUACCGGGCAAAAGAAUGGUGCGGCUUCGUGAAAUUAAGUUAGUCCCUGGUCUGACAAAUAGAGACUUAAGGCUAGAGGUAACCUUAGCGAAGGUGUGUAUGGGUGCAUUGACUCUAUUAUCAGGUAAUCGAGAACCUGCUCAAGUGGAAAACCUUUUUUCAUUAACGAGGCUUUUAUUCAGGUUAGUUUUAGGUAUUUCUUUGGUCACUCUUGUUACCACAAGGUAACAUUUGUUAUGUUUUGUUUGAUACCGAGCGUGAGAAAUUAGUUUAAUUAUUAUUAUAUUAGGGACAAGUAGAUAAACGGUCAGUUUGAAUGGGGUGGUCGACAUUAGAAAACGCAGUGUCGGACGGACACUCAUCUUCAAUGGGUGAUAUCGGAGAGAGCAUCGGAAAUGAGGAACGUGCGUUUAAAGCCGAAAGGUAACCGUGGUCGCCCACCGGUCUCGGGAAAAGUUCGAGGUGAAGGCAGUUGGUGACUAACUGUAGUAGAGGCGAGACGUUUUUUUGCCAAGUGGCUUGUGUUCAGCCUAUUUGUGAAUCUAAGGAUCGCCUGUGAUGCUAGGCGGUUCAAUUCCUGCCCUGCGGGAAGUAGAAGCAAACAAUGCCGUGCACCUAGGCCAAAGAUUAGAAUUGCCGAGUGCAUAAAGCUAGAGGUCAUUCAAGGUUGUGAUGGAACAGUGUAUGAUUUCAUAUCAAAAUGGGGGUGACAUUGGUUAAAUUGGUUUCUAAUGGCUAUGCUAGGCAGGUUUAAGAAGAUUAGCCGGCCAUACGCCUAUAUUUCGUCCAGUUUGAUCGAUUAGUUCAUAUGAAGAUGAACCAUGUUUCGCGAACACCUUACAAGUUAAGAAUUGUGCGCCCAAUUUCGCAUUAUAAAACUCCUGGGCAUUGGACAAUUUUGUGUUUCUUUUGUAAACGGUGUCUCCGACGGAAAAUGGCUUGGCGGGUUGCCGAACCCUUAGAUUAUAAACACGCGCAGCAUCGGAAUAUGCCUUUUCGAGAUUCUUACGCACGACGGUGAACAAUUUCGGGUUUUCUUUACAGAUAGGGUUAUGCGCUAAUUCGUCCAUGGCGCUAGUAUCCGUCAUAUCAAAUUCUAAAUCACUAAAUACUCGCGAAUCGUAAACUAACAUAAUAAACUAAUCAUCUGGCGAGAUAGAAAAAAGUGUACACUACGAUCUGCAU